GCAAGUGAUCUACAAAGGACUAAAAAACCCUAUGACGAAGGAACAGCUUGCCAAAUUGUGCAAGACAAUUGUAACCUUCAUCGCACAGACCACCCUGCAGAUCCUGCUGCCAGCCCUGGCCCGCGUACUUGGGGUAAAGGACUUUGCUGACGACGACACUGACUCACCCAAGAGGGGUGGCAGUGCAAGAUCCUUUGCUGCCUUUGAUCAGGAAAGACUGGAGCUCAUCCAGGAAGUUAGAUAUCUGGCGAAGAAAAUGUAUAAGGGCGGCACAGGGGCUCAACAUCUCAGGUCCCUAACACCCUCUUCUAAGAGUUCCCAGACCUCAGUGAAAGUCCUCCUGGGAAUGACAGAGGACAGAAUCAUCAAAAGUGUCCAGGAGCAACUGUCUGAUCAUAAUAUCCUGUCCUCUUGCCCACCUGAGCUGACUGUUGGUCUUAUCAAGGUGGUGGUCGAACAGCUUAACUCUGCCCUCUCUGCGACCAUCAGCAGAGCCAUUUCAGGGCGGUCCUCCCCUAUUUCUUCUGGUACCCAGGCCGCUGAACAAAUGGUCAACAUGGUCCAGAAAUGUUUUGAUGAUCACACCACCCCAGAGGACCAGAGCUCUACCUCUGUAUUAGAGUCAUGCAUUCCACCUGCAACAGAAGAAGUGAUGACUGUUAUCGCAGAGAUGGUGGGUGAAUUGGAAAAAGAAGAUCCGGAAUUGGCUAAGGUUUUUCGAGAAGUGGCUGUGAAAGUUAAAAUGUUGGCAUCUGGCAGUGACCUUGUAGUGGAGCACCUGGAUGUUGAAGACUCUCCUGUUCCAGAGGAGCUGAACAUAAUAUGUACAUCUUGCAAAGCAAUGAUGCAAAAUCUUGGCACUCUGUUUAGUGUGAAGUUCAAGACCAAAGCCUCAAAGGCUGUGAGUGAAAUUCUUGUGAGAAGGUUAAUGAGCGAUAUCUCUGGUAUGGUUCAACCUUCUCAUUCGUUUAGUACCACUCCAAGCUUGAUGAAUGCAUCUAGCCCAUCUGACAGGAUCCUUGAUUCUGCGGCCACUGAGCUCAUACAGACCAAAGUAGAAUCUGAGGCAUCACAAAUAAUUGAUAACUUUGUUGAAGAUGUCAAGGACAUUGUGCAGUAUGCUGAAUUAGAUCAGCCAACAAGCACCCAGAGAGAUACCCAAGUGGGACACUGUACGACAAAGCGGAAACCCUUCCAUGCAGCUCGUAGACUCUGCGAGAGACUUCAGGCAAAGCUGGAGACAUUGUUCCUCAGAAUGGGUGGAGCUCCAGUCCAAGGGGAAGAACUUAUGGAAAAAGCUGACUCCAGUGCUGUGCUUCUGGAGCAUACUGACUCCAGUGAUCUGCCUGUUUCAAUCCUGAGCUUGCCUUCCCCAUGUAGGAGUGAAUCCCCUAUAUCAGAACGUAGUUCAUCUUCUUUAUCUGAUGGAUGUGAUUCAACUGACUCUGUAGGAGAGAAAACACCAGAGCAACCUGAAACCAGUAAGAGUGAGGCAAUACUGCAAGUGGUCAACUCAACAGGACUUGGUUCUCUCCGUAAAUGCCAAAGUGAGAACUCUCAACCAUUACUGUCUCUCUGUGAUUCCAACAUGGUGCCCUGCACCAAAGAGGUCUUGUCCCAGAUUGUGACCAUGUAUAGGUCAGAGGUGGCAGAUUUGGAAUGCACAUCAUCUGUUGCAGAGGGUUCCUCUUACAACUCCCUUGAAGUCUGUGGCUUUUUGGACAGUGUCAUGUCUUAUCUAGAAGACAUGCCUGUGUCUGGUUCUUCAUGGUUGGAAGGAUUAAGAGAUACUCCAGCCUCAGUCAUUGAGAAACUCUCCAGUGAGGAGUUCCAGAUGAACGCUACCAACGAAGUGCGAAAAAUACUGAUCAAAUCAGUCAGUAGCUUUCCCAGCAAAGUCAGUUCCAGCCAGACAGAUUCUCAGAUGUUGCCAGCAAAAUCAACAAUUUCCUUAAGGCAUACAGAUAUAACUGCUUUUGAAAUCGUUGGAUCAAUUACAAAUGACAUGAAGAGCCUUUUCCCACCCACAGAGUCUUCUACUACUCUAUGGCAGGCAGACUCUAUGCUUCAACAGAGUGAUGAGAAAACCUCAGAGUACACUGAGGCCACACCCAAAGAAAGAGCUGUCAAAAUCUGA